CCAGCAGUUGUCAGAGCAGGGAACGGCACCGAUCAACAGGGCACUGAUGAUCGGUGCCCAGCAGCACCACCAACCAGUUCCGCCAACUUGUACCCAGCAGUGCCGCCCACUAGCUCCGCCCACCUGUGCCCAGCAGUGCACCCACCUGUGCCCACCAGUGCCACCCAGCAGUGCCACCCACCUGUGCCCAGCAGUGCCACCCACCUGUGCCCAGCAGUGCCACCCACCUGUGCCCACCAGUGCCACCCACCUGUGCCCAUCAAUGCAGCCCAGCAGUGCUGCCAGUCAGUGCCACCAGUCAGUGCCUAGCGGUUGUGCCAGUCAGUGCCCAGCAGUUGCGCCAUCAGUGCCCAGUAGUGAUGCCAGUCAGUGCUGUCUAUCAGUACCCAUCAUCAGUGCCGCCUAUCCGUGACACCUCAUUAGUGCUGCUUAUCAGUGCCCUUCAGUGCUGCUUAUCAGUGCCCAUCAGUGCUGCCUCAUCAACGCACAUCAGUGAAGGAGAAAAAUUACCUGUUUGA